UUUUAUCGGCCCCCCACAUCCUGCUCUCUCUCUCUGUCUCCACCAUUCAUUCACUCUCACCACCCUCCAUAACCACUAACCCCUCCAACCACUAACUGCAGUACACACACACGCACAACAAAUGUAAACACAUUCAAACCUUUACACACACACGGAUGCAAGUCCAUAUCUGCUUCUUCAGUCAAAAACAAACUUCCAGUCAAAUUGGGUUUUGUGGAUACGGAGGAAGGAGAGAAGAUGACUACUCUCAGAACAACAGUAGUAGUUUUACUGGGUUUCUACACCUUCUGCCAGGAGACAAGAGCCUCAGUCCCAGGAGCCUCAGUCCUCGGCAGACCGUUGCUGUACGGCCCCUCAACAGCCCUAGAGAAGACUGUAGAAGAAUUCCAGUGUGAAGUUCUGCGUUACCCUAAAGAAGAGUCCCUCCUCUACCAGCUAUUCAGGGAAGGUGACCGGUCAAAGGCCUUAGGCUUCUACAGUGCUCUGUCUGGUGAGAAGGCCAAUUUCCCUCUGUUCAUCACUGCUUCCUACGAGGGCUACAUGGUGUGUGUAGCCAGCGUCCAGAACAACACAGUAAUACACCCCACUGUCAGUCAAAGACACCACCUCAGAGUAGUCGACCCAGUCAAUGGUGCAGAGGUUGUAGUCCAAUCAGGGUCUGUGGAGUUCUACGAAGGGAAGCCACUGUCCCUACGUUGUAACAUCGCCAAAGGGACCCACGUCUCCUACCAGUGGCUGGUGGAUGGGAAGCCCCUCCCCCUGUCUCCUUUACACAAUCAGACACAGGAACAACUCUUCAUCUACAGGAUGGUGCCCCAGGACAGCGGGGAGUACACCUGUGUUGCUACCAACCAACUCAACAUCACCACGGUCUACUCCUCCAGGAGCACUGCCAAGGUCAUCAAGGUCAAAGGUCAGGGUCAGGGGUCAUUUGUAUCACAUAAUUAUGGACUGAAAUGGAGUCUGUCACAUGUUCAUAUUUUUUACAUUAUUUUUGGUGAAGUUAGUGGGUUGUAUUCAAUCAAACCCUGUAUUCAGAUGAUAUCUUGUUCAAAACUCUCUCCAUCCAUCCUCUCCUCUCUUUCAGAGCUCGUGUCUGAACCAGACCUCCUCUUCCUGGUACUGAAGAAAAGAGGCGGGACCUACUUUGCCCUAGUCACGUGUCAAUCACUCAACGGGACUCCGCCCAUCACCUUCUCCCUCUACAACAGGUCAGAGUUCAUUAGCACGGAGACGGUUGACGAGCGAUUCGCCACGUUUUCUAUUCCAGUGGUUCUAGAUCUCCACAUGGGCUUUCUACAGUGUCAGGCGCAGAACGGAGACAGGGUGGUGUACAGUCAGUGGACGGCCAUGCACGUUGUUCCAGUAGGUGGAGCUCUGACGAUGCACUAUGACACCGACGUGGGAGAAAACUUCUCCAUUGUGGGCCUGAGGUUCUACUGUUCCGUGGAGAGGGGAACCUUUCCCCAGUACCGCUGGUUCCUCAACGGAACUGUUCUCGAAGGCCGUGGAGAGUUCUACUGGGUGGAAAACCAGCCUGAGCAAUCCAUUUUGUUGUUAUCUGUGGGGAGGAGCAGCGCCGGAACGUACCAUUGUGAGGUGUCCGACAGCUUUGAUGACACUACGGUGAUCAGCAGUGAGGCGAUGUACAUCGAUAAAAAAGUGUUGAACCACCUCCCUACCACGGUGGUGGCUGUUGUGUUCGGCUGUUUCCUCUUCCUGGUUACCUUGGUGACCACCUGUUGUUUCAUUGGUCUGCUGUACCAGAAAAGACAGUAUCUUGUUGAAAAGUCUACGCUGGAUCUCAAGUUGGGUCUGGAGAUGCACAACAUAAUGGUAUCUGAUGAUGAUGAAGAGUUCCUGGGUCGCCAGUGCAUUAUGGAUGAAGAGGAAUACAUGGAGGAUGACGGAGUGGUGAGAGCAGCCAGAAUCGUUGACUCAGAUCAGGAGGAAGUAGAAUCGACAGACGAGUGGCUGCAGCUACACCAGGAACUGAAGAACACCUUGGAGGAUGAAAUUCCACAAAAUAACUUUUGAAUUCUACAACCAUCUAAAAAGAAGCGAUUCCUACACAUUCCAUCACAAAGCCCUCCCCUACAGAGAGAUGAACCCAGAGCAGAGGUACUUCAGCCAGCUGGUUCUGGGGCUCUGUUCACAAACACAAACAGACCCCACAGAGUCCCAGAACAGCAACACAAUUAGACCCAACCAAGUUAUGAGGAAGCAAAAAGAUAACUAUUUGACAUACUGGAAAUAAUCACCCCAAAAAACAGAGCAAACUACAAUGCUAUUUGGCCCUAAACAGAGGGUACACAGUGGCAGAUUACCUGACCACUGUGACUGACCCAAAAUUAUGUACAGACUCAGUGAGCAUAGCCUUGCUAUUGAGAAAGGCCGCCGUAGGCAGACAUGGCUCUCGAGAGAAGACAGGCUAUGUGCUCACUGCCCACAAAAUGAGGUGGAAACUGAGCUGCACUUCCUAACCUCCUGUCCAAUGUAUGACCAUAUUAGAGACACGUAUUUCCCUCAGAUUACACAGAUCACAAAGAUUUGAAAACAAACUAAACAUUGAUAAACUCCCAUAUCUUCUAGGUGAAAUACCAGUGUGUAAUCACAGCAGCACGAUGUGUGGCCUGUUGCCAUGAGAAAAGGGCAACCAGUGGAGCACAAACAACACUGUAAAUACUACCUGUACUUGUGUUCAUUUAUCUUCCCCUACUAUUCCUACUACAACUAUUUGCACGUUGCUAAAACAUUGUACACAGCCGAUAAUAUAACACUUGAAAUGCCUUUUUCAAACCUUUGUGACUGCAAUGUUUACUGUUCAUUUCUAAUAGUUUUUUGUUAAUAUUGUUUUGUCUUCUCGCUUUUGUUUGUUGUUUAUUUAUAUCACUUGCUUUGGCAAUGUAAACACAUGUAUUCCAUGCAAAUAAAAUUGAAACGGAAUUAA